GUCAGCUCAGGGGUGUGAUCCAGCCCCUCAGGUUGGUUCACUCCGUCCGUCGACCGAUAGCCAAGCAGCAUGGAGAUCGCAGCGCUGUGCGCCAUCGUCGCCUCUGUGAGGGUCAUUCCCAGCAGCACCCAGUUCUUUCAGUAUGAGUCUCUCACACUGAGCUGUGGGGACUCCUCUGAAUGGAAAGUUAAGAGGAGCACAUCCACACAAAGCAACAAAGAGUGUUCCGUGUGGGGGAGAAGAAACGAGUCCCUGUGUUUCAUUGAUGACCUUUACCCACAAGAUACAGGAGUGUACUGGUGUGAGUCUGGAGCUGGAGAGUGCAUCAACGCCAUCAACAUCACUGUGACCACCGGCUCAGUGAUCCUGGAGAGUCCUGUACUUCCUGUGCCGGAGGGAGAAGCUGUGACUCUGCGCUGCAGAAGCAAGACAAACUUGACCUCCAGUCUCACGUCUGAAUUUUAUAAAGAUGGCCUCCCCAUCGGCAGCAGCUCCACAGGAAACAUGACCAUCCUCAGUGUUUCCAAGUCUGAUGAAGGUCUCUACAAGUGUAACAUCUCUGGAGCUGGGCAAUCAAAAAACAGCUGGCUGGCUGUGAGAGCUGGGCAUCCUGAGUCUUUUCACUCAUCUCUUGCACACAUUCUACUUCCUGUGGUGGGUGUCUGCGUCUUGCUGGCCUUGGUUUCUCUGUGCCUCUGGAGGAUCUACAAAGGUAAAAGCAGCUCGGAUUUGUCUUACACUGAUGUCAUCAUCACACAGGAAGUGCCGCCGAAGAGGGACAGAGAAAUGGAUGACGUAGCAACCUUUUACUCGACAAUCAAACCAGGAGCCACCUGAGAGGAAACAACACAGCCAGUGUUUACAUCGAUUUUCUACGUCAUUUUCUGUAUUAAAAUGUCUCAUUGUCAAAUAAACAGCUUCCUUGUUUGCUUGGCUGCUUAGAUCCCUUUAGCUAAUGUAACAGUCGCUACUCUUCAUCAGUAUUUUGAACAACGCUUCAAUAACAGGAACUACAUCAAUACACACAUCCUGUAACCUUCACAUCAAGCAACACCAGCUCAAAGUCUGGCUAACACUUAGCUCUAGAACAAUUUCAUCCUCUGUAAUUGAGAAAAAAAGCUCUCAUCUACUAAAUAACCAUUAAAUGA